AUGAUCUUCAUCAUGGACGCCGAUCCGAUUCUGGCGGAGUUUUGUCCGCCAAACGCGGAGCUGAUCGGCCGAGAUCGGCCUCCGAUCUACCAGCAAUGCACCGAUGCCCCGAUGUACCCUUGCGACACCUGCGACAGGCAAUAUCGAAGAAUCAUCUCUCUGCAGCGUCACAAGAGACUCGAGUGCGGCAAGGAGGCCAAGUUCGGAUGUAUGAUGUGCCAUGCCAAGUUCAAGCACAAGCACAGUCUACUGAGGCAUUACAACGUUCACAUGUUCGACAUGAAGAAUUCGUUUGUGGGGUGUUACCCGAGUUAUGGUGCGUUGGACACUGCAUCGACACAAACAACUGAAGUGAAAUUGGCCUCUGCAGACAAUUCGAUUAUAAUCGAGGCGGUUUGGUCCGACUCAGCCAAAUAUACGUGCAACGAGUGUUCCUAUAAGACCAAUAAGAAAUACACUUUGCGCAGACACAUCAUGAAUGCACACGGAACCAAAUAUGCGUGCAGCAAGUGUUCCUAUAAGACCGGCAAGAAAUACACCUUUCGCAGACACAUUAUGAAUACACACGGAGCCAAAUAUACGUGCAGCAAGUGUUUUUAUAAGACCGAAAAAAGAUUCAACAUGAACAGACACAUUAUGAUAAAACACAUGGCAAAGCUGCGGAAGAAAGUAUUAUUAUCGCAGAGGCAGCUCGGCUCCUUCAUCGUUCGCGAAGUUCAACUGCGAGUUCUGCGGCAAGAUUUACAGGAGCUCGGGCUCACUGAAGUACCAUCGGAAUAUGGAGUGCAGGAAGGAACCCAGCUUCGCCUGCACCUUCUGCAGCUACAGGUCUCGCAGGAAAAGCAACCUGCUCAGACAUAUGCAGGUAAGCGGCUUGGUUAUCACAACAAGAUGAUCAUCAUUCCGCGCCAGGAUUUAUGUAAACCAUGCUUUAAAUACGUCAAGACAUCCGGCUCGCUUUCAUCGCCAGGGCAAGGUACGGCGAAGGAGAAUAGGGGCAUGAUCAAUCUAUCGGAGGACGAAUCUAUGGAUUUGCCGCUACAAAUGGCGAUGCCGUUCGCCGAGCUGAAAAUACCGCAAGCUUGGCAUUACGUCAACAAACCGCAGGGUCGAUUCACCUGCAGCAAAUGCAGUCGUUCGUACAGGCGGAAGGACUCGCUGCAACGCCAUGUGCAGUGGGAGUGCGGCAAGGAGCCGCAGUUUGUGUGCCCAUAUUGUCCGCAACGUUGCAAGCGCAAAGCACACUGGCAGCGUCAUAUACGUCGCCAGCACAAGGAUAAAGCGGAUAUGGAGAGGUACCUAGGCUCCAGCACGUCGAGAAUAGAGAUCGAUUGA